AUGUGUGCUCUGUCACCUGUCAUCUGUGGGAAAGGGCGGUCGCAUUCUAACACGUUGAUUCUGGAUAUGGAGAAAAUACCAGAAUAUGUUGAAAACCCGAAAACCGCCUACAUGCUUUACUGCGAGGCUAAACGUCCUCACUUCAUUAAAAAUUAUCCUGAUUUGACCAAUCAGGAAUUAUACCAAGUGUUAGAAUCGCUUUGGAAAAUGGAUAAUUCGAAAGAAAAGAUAGAGUAUAUAAGUGAGGCUGCUCGAUUGAAAGAUAUCCAAAAAAAGUAUUACGGUCAUAUCAAAAAACCAAUGAAUGCUUUCAAGAUAUGGUUUUCUGAAAAAAAAGCGGAAUUUAUUGAUCGAGACCCAACAGCUAGCCCUAUGUUGAUAAUGGCCAGACUAGCAGAUCAUUGGAAAACUAUGUCCAAAAAUAGAAAACUCCCUUAUUAUGAAAAAGAGAGAAUUCAAAGAAAGGAGCAUGCUGCAGCUGUCACCCGAACUAAAACUGACUUCCAUUUGAAAUACAAUGAAAAACCAGAAAAUUCUAAACCGAGAAGUGCAUAUUUGAUUUUCUAUACUUUGAAGAAAGCUGAUCUUUUACAAAACAAAACAGCAAUUAAAAGUCAAAGCAUACCUGAAGAAUUAAGGAGAAUCUGGAGAAAUAUGUCUCCCGAAGAUAAAAUGCCUUAUAAAGAGAAAGCAGAUGCUUUGAAAAGAGAAUAUGAACAGAGAAUUACUAGUUUGGACACUCAUGAAGGACGCGGAACCACAGAGAUUCAGGAUGACGAGUUGCAGUUUAAAAUAUCAGACAACAAGGACUGCAUCCCACUUUCUUAUCCAUCCUCUCCAGAAUCGAUGAUUUUUUCGGAUAUUGAACCAAAUGGUGGCCCAUCACAAUCUUCUGCAGCUGAUUAUUUUGAAAAUCUUGUAUUUUUUAAUGACCAGUCAGAAAAUCUUGAGGAUAUCAAACCAACUUUGAAAUUUUCUAGUGAUUUUCCUUGGGAACUUGCUUUGAAAAGUAUUUUUUGA